AUGGCAAAGAUAAUAUUUGUUUUGGUAUUCGCAAUUGCGGUUGCGAUGCCGUUGCGUACCGUUUUGGGACAGGGAGGUUGGCAGGAUCUUAUGGGACAGGGAGAUUUGACUGAGACUCUUGAUGAGGCUAAGAAGGCUAUUGGUGCUGCUUCUACUGCAGCAGCCGGUCAAGCCGCGUUUGACGAUUAUUUUGGUGGAGGUGGCGAUCUAGGUGGUGCAGCUGACAGUGCAGCCGAUGCUGCAGCUGACGGUGUUCCAGCCGAUGCUUCCAGUGCAUCGUUGGCUGAUUGGAUAGACGAAAACGCUACAAGCGCUGAAACAGGUGCACCACCAUUGCCAGUAGAUUCUCCAAUUGGGCAACCAGAAGAUUUACCAGCACCCACACCACAAGGAUCAGAGACAGAUGAUGUUGAUUCAUUCGCACCAGGCCAAUCACCUGGAUAUGAAUUCAGAGCACCAUCAAAUGCAUUCAAAGUUAUACCUGAGGCACCAGAAGACGAUGGCAGCGACAUAGACGGCAGAAAGACACCAGGAAGUAUUCCAAUAGAGUCACCAACCGAUGCACCUGAUGGAGCACCAUCAGAUGAUGACGAAGACGCAGAUUCACCUUAUGGUGCUCCAUCAUUCGCACCUCAAGGAGUGUCUGGACUCGAUUUUGAUGAUAAUAUUUGA